AUGAAUAAAACCGAUUUAUUAAAUUCUUACACAAACACUUUGUCGUCAGUUGCUAGCUCUAAGAAACGUACUACUAGCAAAAAUAUCAGUAGCUAUAACUGUAACAGAUCAAUUUUAAAAGACAGUGAGACGGAAGCUUCGGUAGAAUGCUUGUCAAAGGAUGAAUCUUAUCAUAAAACGAACUACAAUAGUUCUGAAUUUUUACAAGAAUAUACACUUAUAAACAAUCAAGAGAAUCUUGAAGCAAAUGGGUUGAAAAUGCGUCUUUUAGCGACGCUCGCUGAUAUGAUUCCACAUGAUGAAAGUUUAAGUUUACGUCUACUGAUGAGCUACACAAUUGAUGAUCAAGAAAGUGAGUGUGUUGUUAUUGAUGAAACACUGUGUCGAGGGGGAAAGCGUAAUGAAACCAACAAUAAUAGUUUUCAAAAUUGUUUAGAUAAACCAAAAAGUAAGAGUGGAAUUCAUGAAAUGCUACUCAAUGAAAAAAAACCUAUAUUGAGUGCAAUAUCUCUUGAACAUUCAACUAGCCAACAAAGUACUUCAAAUGAAGCUGAUGCAUUAGACUUGUCUCUACAUAAUGAAACAUCUGAUUCCAUGGACUAUCAUAUAGAUUCUUUGAAUACAAAACCAAUAAAACAAGAUUAUAUGUCACAAGCAAUUAUUGACGGUGUAAUUAGUGAAACAAAAUCCCCAUGUUGUAUACCAUCGAGUUUGUUAUCAUCUAGCUUUGUACAGUCCAAUAUGAAUUCGACAAAAGCUUUGGAUACAGUUGUGGCUACAACAUCUGCAACUAAUUCGAUUAAUCAAAUUCCAUUAUUUGAUACGUCUAUAUUAGCAUUACUUCCAUUAUUACAGCAACAACAACAGUCUCAACAAAUACAGCCAAACCAACAAAGUACAAAUACAUUAGCAUAUCAAAAUGUUUUAAACCCAAGUUCAUUGUCAUUGCUCCCUACCACUAUUCCUACUUCAAUGACAACAAUAAGUGCAACGAAAUCAAAUCCUAUCACUUAUAAUUAUACAGGUAUGUCGACAAAUGCCAAUUUGCUAUUCAAUCAAUUAUAUCCAACACAAUUGCAACAAAAUAUUCAACAAACCAAUAAUUUACUUACAACACAUUUGAGUAGUAUAAUACCAAAACAAACAGAAACAACGACAACAGAAUCAACUUCGACAGCAGUUUUAAAUACAAUCGCAGGUUCAUUAACAAACAAUGCCGUUAACACCCAGUCGCUUUUAAAUACAGCAUCUGUUAUAGGAUUCCCAUUAAUAAAUCCAUUUUCACUUCAAACAAAUAUUACUAGUACUAGUAGUACCAGUAACAACAAUAGUAUUACUGAUCAAUUUAAUGCUUUCCUACCAUCUGCAUCAUUUCUCGGAACAACAUCAACAUCUACACUUUCACAAGCAUUACUGACGCAAUCAACAUCAUCAUUAUCAUCAUCACCAUCGAAUAUUACAUCAAUAAGUUUAGGAUCGACAAAUACCACUGCUACAUUAUUCAAUGUCAAAGAUAAGCAAACAGGUUUAAUUGAAACUGUAGGUAUAAUGCCAGGUAUAAAACAUUUAAAUCAACCAAUUGCAUCAUUAAUCAACCAGUUAACUCUCAAUGCUUCGUCUAAUAAUAAUAAUAAUAUUUCACUUAAAACACUCUCAACAUUAUCCCAACUAUUUAAUAGUAACCUCCUUACAACAAUAUCAACUCAUAAUUCUACAAAUCAUAAUACUACUAAUAAUAAUACAAAUUCUACAAAUUUCAAUAUAGUAAAUAAUCUAGCUAUACCAACAAUAGUAAAUACCCAUAUUAAUAAUAAUCAUAUUUCUUUGGAUAAUGGAACAAUGAAUGAUAAUGAACUAAUAACAAUAGAGAAAACUCAUAUUAAAUCAUCUUCAAGUGCAAGCAUAUUAUCGAAUUGUUCUAGUCCAUUAUAUUCAUUAAAUAAUCACUCAACAGAUAAAUUUUCAAAAUCAAAUUCAACAAAAAAUCAUAAAAAUGAAAAUAUGAAAUUAUCAGUGCAACAAAAUCAACAAUCUAACACCACAACUACUACUACUAAUAUUAAUACUACAACUGCUAAUAGUAAUUUUUUAUUUGGUCGAAGAUUAGUUCUUAGCCGUCGUUUUAUUUGUAAUCAAUGUCGUCGUAAUUUUUCAUCAUUAGCUGAAUUAAAUCGGCAUACAAUUGAAGCGCAUAAUUCAUUUCGUUGUACAAUUUGUUCAGCACAUUUUACACAAAGAUCUAAUCUACAACGACAUUCAUUGAAACAUGUUGGUUUUAAACCAUUUACAUGUAAUCUAUGUAAAAAAGAAUAUUAUCGUAAGGAUCAUUUAGUUAGACAUAUUGAAGUAACACAUCCAACACAUGAUCCUAAAAUGAAUAUCACUGUUCAUUUAACAUCAUCAGAGUGUUUAGAUUAUUUGGAUAGAUUACAAGCUGGAAAACAAUCACAAUCACCAUCAAUACAUCAUAAUCAACCGGAGAAUAAAGAAUCAACAUCUAAUUUAGGUUCAGAUGUUACUACAAAUAUUACUACUACUGCUGCUGCGAUUACCGCUACUACUAUAACUACGGGUAGUAGUAGUAGUAGUAUUAAAAACAGUACUGCUUCUGACCUAUGCAAUAAGAAUAGUAUUUACAAAGACGAUCUUGAUUUAAUGAAUGAAGAAUCCAUGAAAAUUGAAGAGGCUACAUUAGAAACACCAGAUAUUGAAAUGAACGGAGACAAUGAUAUCAAUAAUAGUAAUAAUGAUGAAGAUAUUGAAGAACAAUAUUACAGUAUGACCGAUUGUAAUGAAAUUAGUUAA